AUGAUGCGACCAGUUGUGUGUUUGCUGGUUUUUCUGUUGAGUGUUGUCUCGGUAUGCGUGGGAGGCGACGCAAACCGUGCUGAGGAAACUCAUGUUGAAGCUGGUACUUCGGAUUGUCCUUCUGGCACUCCUCCUACUCCUGGCAUAUGUACUUCUCCUCCUGGUCCUGCCGGUCCAAAAGGUUCUCAAGGUUCUGGUAAAGCUUCUUGUCCUGAUGGAGAGGGAAGUGACGAUAAUUGUCUUUCGAAGAGUGCUGAUACGUCUUGUUCUUCUAAUCCUUCUGAUUCUGCUGCUGGUGGUACUUGUGUUCAUGCUGCUGCAAAAAAGCCGAAUGAUGAAGAACCCGUAACUGGUGUUGGUCCAUCUGGCGAAAGAGGUGAACAGGGUCCUGCCGGUGCUCCAGGUGAAAGAGGUACAGUUGGCAGUGGGCAGGUGUCGGAUACUCAUACUGGUGAUGGUCCUGAUUCUUCUUCUGCUCAUCCUAAUGUAUCUCCGCCAUCUGAAUCUACUACUGUUGAGAGUGGGGAUACAUCUCCAACUGACUCUCAACCUGAACAACGUGGCGGCAAUACAACAGAAGAGAGUGGAGCUAACCGGGGAGGUGAUGCUGCACAACCCAAUUCUUCUUCACCCAACAAUUCAGCAACAGGGAGUGAAGGAGGAACUGCUGCUGGAAAUGAUACUACAACGGCUGCGAAUGACACUACACCUACAGAGAGUGAAUCACCAAGUACCCAAGAAGGUGUUGCAGAUAAUACAGAUCCCACUACCACAACCUCAACCACCACCACAACAACAACACUUCCUCCUGAGCUUACAAACAACAAGAAGAGUGAUGCAGACAGCAGCAGCAGUAUCAGCAGUUCUGUGUGGGUGCGUGUACCACUACUGAUUGUGGUUACACUGGCCUGUAUUCUUGUGUGCUGA